AUGUCCCGUCGCACGCCCCCUAGACUGUACCCAACUCGGUCUGAGGGGCAGCGGGCUCGCCCGCCGACACCAUACCCAUUCACCUACGAGGACUCCCUGUCCUGCUUCGCAGACGACUGCUCGCGUGGCAUAGCAUACGACUGGAUCCGAAACCACGUCCGCUACGUCCGACCCGAUGCCAGGCUCUUCUCGUCCGCUGCCAGAGGCAGGCUCCUGUAUCGGUACGGCGUCGUCUCCCAGAACAAUAAAAUCCACCGGCGGCCUAUCUCGGGGCAGCAAGUGCCGAAGCAGCAGGUGCCGAAGCAGCAGGUGCCGAAGCACCAGGACAAGAGGGUUGCAUUUAUCCUGCCGGGGCGGCGACCCUUGCCGAGUCCUGUGCGCCCAGCUGCGAAACCAGCAUGCCCCUCACCGAGCGAGCUCGUACAGUCGAUGAACAAGUUGAAGCUCGCUGAAGAUGGAGGUGACCUCGACAUGGACAACAACUAA